UAUUCAGCGAGAGAGGGUACGUGGUGGUGGUGUGUUUUUAAAUACAUAUAAGAUCGAUUCUUGGAGAAUAAUAAACAACGAUCGGGAAUUUGUUCUGUGAAUCGGAAAUAGAGAGGAAUGUUGGGGAUGGCGAAGAAGGGGAUGAUGAAUGAGAGCCGAGGGAUGUGUGUGCAAGGGGACUCGGGUCUCGUCCUCACCACUGACCCCAAACCACGUCUCCGUUGGACAGCUGAGCUCCACGAGCGCUUCGUUGACGCCGUCUCCCAGCUCGGCGGCCCCGACAAGGCAACUCCGAAGACGAUUAUGAGAGUGAUGGGUGUGAAAGGCCUCACGCUUUACCAUCUCAAGAGCCAUCUCCAGAAGUUCAGACUUGGGAAGCAGCCUCACAAGGACCAUAAUCACGAUCACUCUAUCAAAGAUACCAAUAGAGCUUCGACGUUGGACCUUCAACGAAAUUAUGUAUUCUCUCCUGGCAUAAUGGGCCAUAAUAUGAACGAGAUGCAAAUGGACGUCCAAAGAAGGAUUCAUGAGCAGAUAGAGGUGCAGAGACACCUUCAUCUGAGGAUGGAGGCACAGGGGAAGUAUAUGCAGUCGAUGUUAGAGAAAGCUUGUCAGACCCAAGCAACCCUCAAAGGCAACAACCAACCUGUUCUCAUGGACCAUAUCGUCGGCUUCCCAUCCUUCAACCAACGCCAAGAACAUGAUGCCCCUACAAGUUAUGGCAACAAGAGCUCAGUCCUGUGGUUCGAUGAUCGUUUCCGACUCCAAGAACCCUCCUCCUCCCAAACCAUCGACCCUUUAAAGGAUCUCCCGUUACAGUUUGGACCUCCAUCGGUUGAUAGAGAUCUCAAUUCAACGUUAGAUCUGUACGAGAUGAAACUCAAUUACUCUGAAGACGCUCCAAGUGUCAUCAGCACCAGUAGUGCCGCUUGCCUCGAAUAGGAUGUUUCCUUCUUUUGAUACCUAGCCGAACCUUUACAGUUACCAAGUUACAAGCUGUGAUCAAUGGAAACAUGACUAAUCUUGAUUAUAUAGAGCUGUUGGCCAUCUGAUAUGUA